UGUGCGCAGCCCGCCUCCAUUCAGUGUGCGUUGAGCGGUGUUGUGAGUGAGGUUCUGCCGCUCCGCGUUUGUAGUGUCGAGUGUCAGUUGCAAGGUUGACCUUGAUCAUGCCGACCGUUUCCGGUAGCGGUGAGGAGGUCGAGUCACAAGAUGAGGUCAAGGUCUUUAAAUACGAAGGAGAUGAGGAGGAGAGUGAGAAGCGCUCCUCUGAGAACUUAACAGAAGACAAAAGCAGUCUCAUCACUGAAACAGAAGAGAAUAAGAGCACCCACGUUCCCUCCUCCUCCUCCUUCGCCAUUGCGUCGAAGAGUGAUGGCCGCCUCCCAGAAGCCUCCUCCCCGUUUGGGCUAUUUGGAGCUUCGGCCUGGGGAGCGGACCGCCUGGGCUACUUGUCGCCCUUCGCCUACGCCUACACCAACGGCACUUCAGCAAUGGUGAGUAGCCCGCCCUUCUCUGCCUCUUAUCCAACAGGUCUACCUGCCGCUACGGCCACUUUGCGUCGUCCUCGUACGACGCUCCGUGAAGACUACCACUCCUGCAGCAUAGGAAUUGUUGUUGCUAAACCUUGUUUACUAACCCAUCAUGAGAUCCAUUAUGAAGUGUUGUAUUCGCACUCAAGGAAGAUGCAAGGCUCCAUAACAUUAUAA